UUCAAGCACCGGUUUAUAGAGCCGCAUUGAGUUACAAAUCAAUUCCCACAAGGCAAGUUUACCGGUGAAUGCAGUUCCACUUCCACGAUGAUAAUGGCUUUGAAAAAGAUUGGAACGUGAAUAUUAUUACCCCUACCUUGCAAGGAAUAUUUUCAGCCGCUCAAAUUUUUCAUGUGAGUUAUCAAAUUCAAACCCCUGAAUGUAACCCUACUAGCAAGUUCAGCUGUCAAUAAUGUGUAAAGACCUGGUACAUUCAUAAAAAUUACUCCGGAUCAUUAUCCGAGACGAGUCACCGAGAUUGAUGGUCAGAGGUCUUGUAAUCAACUUUGCUUACAUUAAGUUUUAACGAAGUAAAUAAACACUACCGGUCCUAAUCUAGCAUGCAUACUACGUUCAUAGUAUGAAGUAUUAUAAAAACCAAGCCCUAAUACUCAUCCCCAACGCAAAUAAAAUGAGAUUACUUUAGCCUUUUUACAUCAAUAUCACUUCUCCAUUUAUACCAAAGUCAUUCUAUUGAUCAUAACAUUUUUAUCAUGGCUUCAAAGGCAGAUCCAGAUGUUCCGAAAUCCUUCAACUGGUUACGCCGUCAGGAUCGUUGUUCUACUUAUAUCAACUAUAUAGACUUCUCCAAUGAUUCUGCUUGUUCGUUUGAUUUUGGUGAUAAUGGAUAUGCCGCAUCUUGCGACUAUGGUGGAGGCCUGCUCCAUAUGAGCGCCCGAGACAAGACAAAAGGUGUUAUAUUUGCUCAUGGUGGCUUCAAACAUACGUACCACUCAUCUCUUUCCCGCGCACAAAGACAACAGGUGGUAAAUGCUACAUUUGGUCUCAGGAUACCGGAUAAUCAGGAGCUGUUCCAGCAAAGAGAUGGCUCGAAAGAUCCGCCUUCUAUGUUCGAACUUGGAGAUAUGAUUGAAAGGGGCUGCUUUAACUAUCGCUGGCCGUUUCACGAAUAUAUUCUACUAUUGAAUAAAUAUGGCGAGCCAGAUCAUCGUGAGACAGGAACGUGCGCGACUGUUUCAUUCGUCAAGGAUGAUGUCCUAUACCAAAUAAUUAGACUUGAGAAAGGAUGUCGCCCGGAAGCUGAUUCAUGUACCCUCUCGCGUUGGGAUGGUCAGCUCAUCCUUUCUAUUGGAGGGCCAAUUAAAUUCGGGAUAUUCAGCACAGGCGACAGCGACACAGAAGUCAAAUACACCACAGUUAGGUCACACCUUGGAAUCAUUGAGGACAAUAUGAAUAAGAUUCAACUGGAAUUUCGAGUACACCAACUAUGCGGCGAUGAGUACAAGUUAUUGCAUCUGGAAACCCCAUCUGAAAAGGAGAAUGAGUGUGGCAUAGGCAAGCGUAUGGGUUCAUUCUAUAUAUCCGCAAAACUACCAGAAACAAAAUCACAAAGGCCAAAAGGACAGCAAUCUAAUGAUACACAUGUUGUAUUUAUUUCCGAACUAAGACUGCGAAAAGCAGAACAUGAACAGCCUUGGCCUAAAACACCGACUUCAGAGGAAACGUAUAACUAUCUUGGGGUUGAUCCGUACAGUACGAUGGCUACAGCGACUAUGUGGGAUGUUAUAUUUCAAUAUCGAGAAGAUCAAAUUGCUCGUUAUUCUGGGUUAUCAGAAGUUGAUUUAAUCGGACGUUGCAUGGAGAAGAUCUUAACGGUCGAACUUAUACCAACAACCUUUUCUACAAAUCAUGGAACUAGUUUCCAAGAAGACGCCCUAGCUCUAGUCAGUAAUUUGUUCGUGCGGCCAACAAUUGAUCUCCAAUCACUAUUCUGGAAUGUACGCUUCCUUGUCAAAACUUACCGGCUUUUAUCAAAAAUCACCAUUACUCCAAGAGAUGAUUCUUCAGUUCCGCAGCUAGAUGAGAGUCAGGACACGAUCAGUGUUAAAUCACUGGGUUCAAGCCAAUCUAGUGUCCCGAGAAAAGGCAUCUUUAUCUACCGCCCCGAAUAUUCUUCGGAUCAGAUACGUGCUCUGAACGGCAUUAUUAUAUCCCAAAUGGAGCGGCUUCAAGUGCACAUAGAACAAGUCAUUGCUUACAUUGUCCUCGCUUUUCUCCGACCGGGGCUAAGAACUAACCUUCCUCCGCAUUCAUCCAAAGCUUUCCAUUCGAACUAUUACUAUAUAACAAUUUCAAUAUGGUAUGUUGUAAGGAAAUGCGAAAAUUUCAAAAUUGCGUGGGAUUGGACCCAAGGACAAAGUCCCCUCGAUGAUUACCUCGCCCCCGAUCACCUAGUGCCAAAAGACGGCACAAAGGAUAAAGUGGCGUUCUUGAAGUGGUAUCAUUACGUGUCGGUUAUGAACCUAUUAGAAAGACAGAAACCUCUUCCUAAAGUGUGCAAGGAGCCGAACCUCAGAAGUAAGGUCAAGCAAAUGGAAAGAUACGUUAGGCGUAUCGCGGCAGAGAAACUAUCAUCUAAUGUACCGUUCUGUGCCGACAACGAGAUUCUGGACAGACUAGGGUUCUUAGCUAAGUCUCUAAGAGCAGAAAACUCCAGAUCGCAAGGUUCGGUCGCGAUGACUAUGGCCAAAUAUAUUUUAGGUCGUGAUCCCACCAGAAGCCUUAAUCCGGGUCGUCUCCAGGAUGGCGUGAGAGGGCCAACCACCGGCCCUUGGGAGAUCUAUGCGCUCUGUCACCACAGUCAGCUGUCUGCAAAUAGUUACAAAUACACAAAGGUCGAUGGCAAUCUCCGGGAGCAAAUUGCUGAAAAUAUUGAGAAAAGCAGGCGUAAUAUUUCCCAGUUUAUCAACGGGGAGGUAUGCCUUGUUCCAUGCUGGGAAAGGACAAAUAAGGCUUCAUUUCAAUCGGAGGCAACGAGCGUCUUGGCAUCUACCCUACUGAGUAUCUACAAUAAAGACUUGCAUCUAGAUUCAGCAAGUUCUGCGAGCACGGCAGAUGACCGUUCUUCGUGUUCGGCUAUGGAGUUGAGCGAGAUCGGUGACCUCAAGGUCAUAAUACGAAAUAAAACUUCUUCAACAGAGAGAAUUCUAGCCAGGCUAGAAGCAUCCGGAAAGCAGCCAGCAAUUAAAUGGAAGAAGUACCGACCUCCUCAAAAGUAUCACCCGUUGAGCUUCUUCAACUCACUGGAUAAUACACUAGAAAGGCUUAGUUCUGAAGAGACUCAGGAAAAGUUAAAGAUCUUUCUGUCUCACCGGCCGCAAACAAGCAGUGGACGGGAAUCUAUUCCAGAACAGAAAUCUUCUAAUGUUGAAGAAAUUCUCAAGGAACAUACAUUUUCCAUCGUCGAUUUUAAAGCCACUAUACCUGAGCAAUGGGGUAAUUAUACUUGGCAAGGGUAUAAUAGUGACAUAUUGCGUGUCACUGAUAGGAAACGGGACAGCAAUACCAACGCUAAAAUAAGGAAAAGAUUUUCGAGUAGUCUUGUUGACCAAGGUGUUCAACAUCGAACGAUUAUCUUGUCAACUCCUUUCGAAAGGAUAUUCGAACGUCGUUUCCUGAGUCUAUUUUGGCAGGCCUUCCAUGUAGACUCCAGUGACUGUUUUGUUGGCCAUGCCUCGGCAUUGCCCGACUUCUCCUGUCAAAUCAGCAACACCUGGUGCGCACGAAUAACCGUCCGAGGCUGGUCAAUGUCAAAGGUUACACAGAAGGGUAGGAAAGAAAAUAACGACUAUCAAGAUAGUAUAUUCAAGGCAAGGUCAAAUGAACCGAUCACAGUACCGCAUUUACUUGAAGACCUGCAUAAAAAGGCUGUAGGUGAAAAACAAGCAGUACCAAUUGUCGUGGAAUUGAAGAUUUCUUCUAUUGUCCUAUCUACAAAUAAAUUCGGCGACUUCAGUCAAUGCACCAUCAUUUCGGAACGGCUGGGCUCAAGGUGGGAGGACGUCAAUAAACAAUGCCGAGCAUUAUGGGAAAAGUUCAUUCAUCAACCCCAAAGUGCUCGUUGUCUUGUCUUUCUAGCCCUAUUAGGGCUAUUGUGCCAACAAAUGGAAGACGACUACCGAAAGGCCAUGGAUUACUUCACCCAAACACUUGAGAUUGAUAAAAAGGUAAUAUUCGACGACGAAGAUAUGCUUAAGGAUGGGGAGUCAUUAAACCAGUUGAAACUCAGUUUAUGGAGCCUGGAAUCAUUGAUAGAAUUACGCAACAGCCUCACAGACUCCAUAACCGUUAUUAAGGAGGCAGCAACUGAAAUGAGAAAUCAGAUUAACAAGGGUCCAGGCAAAAGAGGUGAGGUACUUGAAAAAAUGUGUCAAGACUCCUUGGGCGAUUUCUCAAGAAACCUUGGCCAGUUAGCUGCGUUAAACGCGAGGUUUAAUCAGAUUGUCAAUUUAAACUCUCGUUAUAAAGACUAUCUCUCCACUAUUUGGUCCUUGGAAGACAGUAGAAACUCAAUUUCUCAAAACUCGAUCAUUAAAAAAUUGACAUAUUUGACUAUAGGCUACUUGCCCCUAGGUCUAAUGACGGCUAUUUUCGCGAUCCCGCCUGAUCAAAAUGUGCUUAUUCCAAAGAUGGGACUACCGGGAUUCGUUAUCGCUAUUGUCGUAUCGUUCAUCGUGACGUUUACGAUUGUAUUCUCCUUGGAACGAAUCCUGGGUGGUAUCGGAAAGUUAACCACAGCACCAUCACCACCCCAUAGCGCCAAAGAUCCUCUGGCUUCGCAAUCGGGGCAAUUAAACCACUUAAGGGCUCUUUUGAAUAGGCCUCGGGGGAAACCGGAAGACGAAGAGCAGGCACAUACGUCUGCCCACGCAUCUAGACUAGACUCAACGGCGAGCACCGUUUAGGGCUUUGGAGCUACUCAUGUUGAAAGGUAGAACAAUAGGAGAUAAACAGAAACAUGGCUAAUAUGUAGUUAAGUUAGUUAAAUGUGUUGAGCUAAACUUAUUAAAUUGUUUUGAUUCUUUCAGCUAUCAAUUAAAACGAGGCUAUUCGGAC